CAGCAAAACAAAGAUACCAACAGUUUAGUGGGACAGUUUUCAGCAGAGCAUCAAGAAAGGAACAUCCCAUUUAGUGAGGAGAAAGGAAGCAGAGGAAGGAAAACAGACAGCAGAUAUGCAGUGGAAUCUGGUUCUGUUCAUUCUGAUGGGUCAGAGUUGUUUCAUCAACUGUCAGCUCUAUGAGUAUCUCUACAUUAAUGAGGAAAAGAACUGGACUGAAGCUCAGCAGUACUGCAGAGAGAAACACACUGACCUGGCCACAGUGUCUAACAUGGCAGACAUGAAGAGACUCAACAGAACCAGAGCGGGAGAUAAGAGGGACGUUUGGAUUGGUCUGUAUGAUCAGACAGAUGGUAUCAGAACAUGGUACUGGUCUCUGCCUGGAGUGGAGUUCAAUGAAAGGGAGACAAACUGGGACCAAGGAGAACCAAGUGAUAAAGGAAAUGCAAAUGAGAACUGUGGAAUUUUAAAUAAUGACCUUAGAUGGAGAGAUACUCUUUGCCCCAUCAAAUACCAUUUCCUCUGUUAUGAUGAAACUAAUAGAACCCAGAAAUACCACUUGAUUAGAGAGAAGAAGACCUGGCAGGAAGCUCAGAGUUACUGCAGAGAGAAACACACAGACCUGAUCAGUGGAAUGAAGCAGCUACAGGAUGGAGAACUGAAGGAAGUGAUGAAGUCUGUGGUAGAUUGGACAUACAUAUAUUUUGGUCUCUUCAGAGACAGCUGGAGGUGGUCAGAUGGAAGCAGUUUUUCUUUCAGACACUGGAAUGACCAGUUUUACAAAUACCAAUACCACACUGGUCGAUGUGCUGCAGCUGGAAUUGAUGAUGAAGGCAGAUGGAAGACUGACAGCUGUGACCAGGAAAGACCCUUCAUCUGUUAUGAUGAUAAAGUGAUCCUGAUCAAAGAAAAGAUGAACUGGGAGGAUGCCUUAUACUACUGCAGAGAUCACUACCAUGACCUGGUCACCAUCACCAGCCUGGAUGAGCAGAGAUUGGUCCAGGAGAAAGCCAAGAAGGCCUCGACUCAUUAUGUCUGGAUGGGACUGCGCUUCAACUGCUUGAUGAAGGCCUGGUUCUGGGUCUGUAAGGAGAACUGGGGCAGCAAUCAGAGCCCAGCCUCAGAAAGAUGGAAGAAUGACUGUGACAUGUCUGGAGCCAUGGAUGCAGGAGGACAACAUAAGUGGUUCCAGAGAAAUCCCUCAGAGGAACUGAAUUUCAUUUGUUCUAAGAAUUAAAGCUCAAGCUGAUCUCUGGUGUCAUAGUCUUAAAAGCUAAUGGUGGUGGAAAAAAAAUAAAAUAACAUUUCUCGUGGUUGGGGCUUUAUAAAUUAAAGAGAAUAAAUAUAAAAGCUCUAAUGUAUAAACUGUAUUGAUGGCUGGGGUAAAAUAUGUUUCUUCUUGAAGCAAUUAGAGCUGCAGUUACUGUCCUGGAGAUUAUGUAGUCAAUCUGUAUUUUCUGUGUAAAUGAUCAUAGGCAUCUAUUCUUAGACCAAAUGUUGGAGUAAAACAUGUAGAUUAAUUUGAACAAGAUUGUUCUCAUCUCAUGUGGUGUCGUUCAAAGACACAUAUUUGAUGUUUUUGGACUUUUUCACUUGUUUGCUUUUCAGUAAAUGGGUUGCAUCUAAAACUGUGUCCUCUAUCUAAUGAAUUAU